AUAUAAUAAUAAACCCAACCAUACCGGGCUGCCUGUGCGCUGCUGUGCUGAAGAUAUGGCGGCCUCGGAGAUCCGACAGCCACAGGACCCUGAGUUGAGGGGCUUUUCUGACAACUCAGAAGAUGUUGAUUUCCAAUCCAUUUCCUCAGCUGCAGGCCUUGAGGGUACAGGAGUGCCUCUGAACACUCCUUGGACAUUUUGGCUGGACAGGUCAAUUCCAAAUUCAACAGCCGCUCAAGUAGAGGCCAACUUGCAGAAGAUUUACACUGUUUCCACAGUUGAGAGCUUCUGGGCUGUAUACAACAACAUCCCCGAUGUUGACAGACUUGCUUAUCGGUUCAGCUAUCAUCUCAUGAGGAACAAAAUUAAACCAAUGUGGGAAGAUCCCAGCAAUGCGAGUGGAGGAGACUGGAAGUUCAAAGUACCAAAGGAUCAGACGGGAAAAGCAUGGAAAGAGCUCCUUCUGGCUACAAUAGGGGAGCGAUUUUCAUCUUGCAUAUCACCAGAUGACGAGAUCUGUGGUGUAAGCGUCAGUAUACGAAACCUCGAUGUCGACAUCAUACAAGUGUGGAACAGGAAGGCAGGACUUAAUGACAUGGAAAUCAACAAAGUGAUUGACAUGGUCAAAGAAAUCUUGCAGGGCAUUGAGAUUAAAACUCACUUCUAUAAAUCACAUCAACAGCACCAUGCAUUUGAACACGGACAGAGACUGUGAAAACUUCAUGUAACAUUAUACAAGUGUUAAUGUGUUAUGCUGAGACUGGCAGUCAUCGUCAAGGGCCUUCUCAUUUGCCCCCCUGAUACUCCUGUGGUGACCUUGCUUCCAGUUCUAUGGAGCACCUCUAGUAACGCAGCAAUGAGCAAAAGCAUGGAUGCGUAAGCCUCCUGGAUUACCAAGGAAUCCCGAAUCCAGCCAUGUUGCAGCAAUUAACUUGAUUAACUCAGGCUUCUCUGUGGUCUAUUUUUAGCAGUCAUUAGGAGUUCUAUUCAUUUUUUCUGUUGGUAAGUAAAAACCUAUCAUGAGCAUGAAAUGGCUGGGACUAUUUCUAUUUCCCUUGGAUGGGAUGCUAGUCCGUGGCAGGUUACUCCCAAGCUAAGACUGGUACCCAUUGGUACUCCUGGAUAGAGAGAGGCAAAUUGGGUGAAGUGACUUGCCUAAGGACACAGCAUAUGGCUAGCAACUGGAUUUGAAACCUUUAAACUCUGAUCUUUAUUGAUAAGAUACAUGUAUUUGUUACAUUACACUCGUCAAAUCUCUAAUUUCCCAAGUUAUGUAGGUAGCUUCAUCUUCCCUCAGUGCUAGGCUGGUUUUAGGCUACAAGCAGUACUUACAAUACCAUCACCAUGUCACCAGUGAUCCACAGAGCAAAGUUGACACGGAAUACAGGAAGGAUUGUGAUGGCAAGUGAUAUCCUAGCCGGCCGAGUUAAAUGCUUAAAUGACUCAACUUAGCUGGUAGUCUGCGGGUAGGGAAUGUGGUGAGUUGUCAGAUAAAAGCACUGCUACAAUGCUGUCAGGAAUCUAUUGGCUAUAUGCGGUCACCUUUGAGGGUGCUGUCUGUCUUGUGAUUGGAUAUUAGAUGACAUGCGCAGACUUCUUCAAGUGCAUUACACCUUUUACAAAGUGUCACAGGAAACGUAUCCCACAUGUGGAGGUGCAAGAUUGGCUAAAUACGCCCCACCUACGUGAUCACACAUGCUUACUUCCUAAGGGUGUAAUGAUUACAGAAUAUCUUGAACUUAAGUUGUUACCGUGAUGACAACUAUUUUCAUUUUCAUGUUUUACAAGAUAUAUUUUGAUUCGUUCACAAUUUUGAAAUCCAGUUAAUUUUAAUAAAACAUAUUCACAGCCAGGAAUUACGAUAGGAUAUUCAUAUCACAAUGCUAUAUGGUGGUAUUCUUGUGAUUGAUGGAUACAUUGAUGUAUCAUUACGUUCCUAAUGAACACUCAUUUCAACAAAGCUCUGGACUGUUCUUUUUUGUUUCAUGUGGUUAAUACAAAAUUAAAACUUGUAAAAGAAGGAAGCCAGAUAUCAAGUUAGGUUGUCAAAGACAAAAUAUGCAUGUUAUUGAAUGUCACUCUCUCUUUGAAUGUUUGUGUUAAACUUAUCUUUUCGGAAAAGCACAAUGCACUAGGUUUCAGAUUACAAGUAAUUUAUAAAGAUACAGCCAUGAUAUAGAAUUGUAAACAAUAUUGUAACUGUUUCAACAACAUCCUGUAGUCGUGUCUGCUGUAUAAAUUUGUCAGUAUCAAUUUUUUUCUAAACAGAAAAUGUUUUUGAAUUUGCCCAAACGUAACAUGACCUCCUUCAUUAUGCUGGACAAUGCUAAAUGAUUGUUUCAUUGUUUGCUAAUGAUUCACUGCUUCGGCAGUACAAUGGGCAGAAUUAGGAGAAUUCCUCUUAAAAUGUGGAAUUUGGAUUUUUGAACCUAUUGACCAAUCAGAGUGCUGCUUCCACACUCAGAGGGGAACCUUGGUAAUGGUGAAGAGACAGCUUCAGUACAUAUGAAUGUGAAAUCAGUCGAACCAUGCUUGAAUUGAUUGUAGUGUAUUUCAAAAAAGACAGCAAAAGUUGGAAAUUCAACAACAUGUAUGGAGCUUUUGAGUAUUAGCAUAACGUGUACCCUUCGUGGGUGUCUUAUUUCAAUUUGGAAGAUCUUUUCCAAGGGUUGACAAAUCAAAACUGAUUUGCUCACAUGAUUACGUUUGUAGCAGAAUCAAGAAUUUUAUUAUGUGGAAAAUGGAAAUUUUUGCAAAUGGAAAAUCGUUCUAGAAAAAAACGGUUGGAAAUCAUCAUAGUCACUCAAGUGGUACCCAUUUUGGUGUAAUUAACAUACAUUGUAAUUUUUCUCUCGCCUUUAAUUUCACCAAAAUCAAGCUUUCUUAUGUAAAGAUUAUUUCCAGACAAAUAAUGCUGUCCAUCCUUCAUUCAGUAUUAUGUUCCUUCUGUAGCUCAGCUGUCAUAGCUGAUGUAAAUACUGUAAAAAGAUAAUAAUAAUUAUAAGAACGAGAAAAAAAACUGUUCAAAAGCAACAAAUAAUGCACUGAUAGAGGUAUAAACACCUGUGUCGAUGGUAUAGAUAGUCCAGUAACUGCAAUUAAUUAAUUGUUCAUUAUGUCAGAACUCUGUUGACUUCUGUCAUAUUUUUGGUCUUUGGGGUGGGAACGGUGUCUACGUUUUUAGAGUUGAUCACUUUCCAGUGUAGUUGUGGUAUUGAUUCACAAUGCAAUAUGCAACCAGCCAAUCAUUUCCUGGAGGCAGCUUGUUCAACCACGGAGUUGACCUUCAGCCUCUGUUGUCCUGUAGUUAAUAUAUCUGUCCUUUGUCAGCAUGAAGUCCCUAACACAAAAGCAUAUGUAAAGCUCGGGAAGGGAUUUUCCCCGUCCAGGGACAGAAUGAAUGAUGGAUCAAAUAACAUGCCAAAGUCAUUUCCUCUGAAAUCUGUAAUUCUUAAGAGAGCAGAACACACCCCCCAAAAAACCCUCUCUGCUCAGUUGUUUAAAAAACAAUUAAAAAAAAAACAUUUAUCAAAGUUGGCUGAUGUCUCCUUGUAUGUGGAGAUAAGGUCAUUGAAGACACAUGUACCUCACUUGCCAUACAUGAGGCACAUGCAAGCUUGUAUACUAUUUCAUCCAAGGAAUGCGGCUUGUGUAAUUACCGAAGAGCACUGUAUAUUUUAAGAAUUUGGGGUUGACAGUUGAGACGCAUUGGUUGUAUAUUCUGUCCAAUCCCAUUUGUACAAAUUGCAGACCGUGUAUAAAUACUGUAUGAUGAUAAUACUUGAUGUUUAUGUUAUUAGUUGGCUAAUGCAAAACGUAGCUACGAAGUGGAAGUAAUCAGUAGAUUGGAUAAUUCUUAGAGGAGAAUAACAGCUUAGGUCAAAUGAAUUAGACAGUUAAUGUCCAAUAACAGGAAUUUUGUAACUUAAGUUUACUAAUUUUGAUUCUAAUCUUGAUUUUGGCCUAGGCAUAAUGCCAGAUCCUGUGUAGAAAUAUUGCUUAUUCAGUUUUCAUGGUAAGCAAAAAUCAGAUGGGAACAAGUGAUAACCAGUAUGCAUUGCAGGAUUUAGCCUGUGUCCCAUUUGCUAUGCCACUGUUUUCUGUACUUAAAAAAAGAGCAUCAUCAUCAGUCUGGAGUAUUACUAUGUUUGGACAGCCUAUUACAUUACAAUCUCGCACAAUCUGACCAAUCACAAGCCUUGUUCUAGCAGCUUGCAAUGGGUUGCAUGGGUGUUUCUAGGUUACAGGGUGCUUUUCUCACAUUCUGCAGCAUAUGGAGCAAAAAAAAUUUCAAUUAUAAAAAUUUGGUUGGCUGUGCAAAACAACCUGACUAUAAACAAAAACUAGAAGUUCUAAAACAAGUUUGUACCAACGGGAUUUAAAAUUAGUCAUUGCCAACUUGAGAUAUUCAAAAUUGAAUUUUGACAAAGAUUGCUCUAUCAGUAAAGGAAACGUCACUAUGCCCAUAUAUGGUAAUACUCUAGACUGAUAAUGUUGGCUCUUGAUCUAACCUUUUAGUAUGUUAGUACAGGUUUCAUGUAACUUUACAGGAAUUUGUAUUUUAUUUUGUGACUGGAUACUCUUUGGUUUAGAAGUUUUAAAGUGGUUAGAUUUGAAAUUUGUAUUGAAAACUGCAGAGGCUAGUUUAUUGCAUCAUUGUAGUCAAAUUUCCUGCUCUGAAUCGAAAUAUUUUCUACUUUGGGUAUCCACUGUGUAUUGGAGCUCUCCAGUUGAUACAAGGACAUGUAGAAUGAUGCCCCCCACCCCUUUGAAAGGCAGUACACCCCUCCCCCAUCUCAUCUCACGUGACCUAUUGUGCAUUGCCACUCAAAGGGGUGUGGCUGAUAUUCUUGACUUCCGAAGAUGUGCAGUAUUGCCCUGUGAAUGCCUGUUUUGAAUUAAAUAAUCACAGAGAAAGAUCUGCCCGUAGGAAACGAGACAACUUGAUCAUCUGAAAAAUUUUACUGGGUCCCCGUUUUCAACAUGCUGGCUUCAAUCUUUCGGCUUAAUCAGUUCAGAUGUUAGCUGUAAAAGGCUGGCUGAUUUUUAGAAUUCUCUGUAUCAUUUAUGAGAGGUAAGAGGAAAUGUUGUGUGUGUUAUUGUUUUCAAAUAGUGAUAAUUUAUAGCUCCUGCUUUGUAUGAGCAAAUGGAGUGGACUGUGUACAUUUUUGUUUUUUACUUUGUAAUACAUUUUCUUAUCCCAAAUAAGCAUUUUUACUUGUCUGGUUUUAGCUUUGAGGUUGAGUCAAGUGUGUGGCUUAAAAUAGGGAGUGGCAUUUCAUAAAUUCAUUCCCAUAUUUGACUAAAAUCAAAAGAUGCAGCAGGUGAUUUCAAAAUAUAAAAUCGUACAGCUAUUUUUAAACUCAGUGUCAUAACUUGAACAUUUUAAAUAGUAAAAAGCUUUCUGAAGAUAAUGUAGCAGUUCAGUUUAAGAAAAAAAAAUGAGGUCAAAUGUCCAUAACUGUUAACUAGCACAAUGGAAAAAGUUCAGGAAUUUGUGGCUAUGAGUAUUUUUUAGGUUGUAUCAAUAUUACUUGGUUCUUGAUGCUUGGUUUAUUAAAAAAUGCAGAUCUGUUCACAGCUAGCUGAA